CAACACAGGACAAAGUCGGGUAUUUGAUGCCUUCGACGUGCAGAGUGAAGAGGGCCUUGAGGAGUCAACCCGCUGCAACGAUAGCCUCACUAGCUUUAAUGACUGACGUGACGAGAAUCUUCAAUCCAAUCCGAAAGAUCUGCCAAAAUUGAUGCGACAAUGAGGAUUGAUUGAUUCCCUCUCAAAACCCCGGUCUUUCUUUUUCCUUGACGAGUAAAAUAGCAUCGGCAAAACGGUUUCAAGGCCCUCCGAGAAGAAAUAGUUUCAUAGUGAGGUGCUAGCUAGCAACCCUCAGUGCUGGCAGAGAAGCGAGAUUGAGCGAAGGAAGCUUCCAGAUUUAGAUACUCUCUAUUUUCAUACCGUAGUAGAGGACGAGCACCAUGUUUGCUGCUUUGUUCAAGCGAGCUGCCGGCUCACGCCGCCGACUGCCAUCGUUUGCAUCUUCCAUUGGCGUCAAGAGACAUCAGCAGUUUACAGUGGCAGCCUUGUCGGUGGCCUCGCCUUUGGAUGAACGUACUGGAUCGGCGGCUAGCGUGGCAGCAGCACUGGCUGGUCUCGCCGUUGUAAUGGCUGCUGGCACCGUUACUACAAAAUGCGAGAAAUCGUCAGAAUUGACCCCUGCCUCUGUGGGGGCAGAAGACUUUGACGAGGUUCAAGCUUCCCACGAUAUUGAGAAAAUGCCCGUCUAUACAUCGGAUCAAGUGGCUGAAAACAAUGGUGAAGAUGGCAAACCAAUUUGGAUGUCUUAUGGAGGUGUGGUGUACGAUGUUACCAAGUUUAUUGCCAACCACCCGGGUGGAAGUGAAAAAAUUCUGACCGCUGCAGGAUCGGCGAUUGAACCAUUUUGGCACAUUUACCGACAACAUUUUGCCUCUGAUCUGCCCAUUCGACUCAUGGAACACAUGGCCAUCGGACGAUUGCUAGAAAAAGAUCAAGACGAGAUUGAAGAACAAAUGACGGCACUGCAGGAGUCUAGUGAAGACCCGUAUGAAAGGGAACCCGAAAGGGAUUCCCGACUCAUUGUCCAUUCCGAUGCCCCCAUGAACGCGGAGUGCCCGGGCUACCUACUCACGGAAAGCUACCUGACGCCUCCCAAUUUGUUUUACAUUCGUCAUCACCAUCCUGUGCCUUACUUGACAGAAUCCCAGCUCGACAACUUUCGAUUGGAAAUCGAUGUCUCGGCCUAUGAUCAACGGGGGCGGGUCCUUACCUUGACGUUGGAUGAUUUGAAAAGACUCAAGAAGACGGAAGUUACCACCACACUUCAGUGCAGCGGUAAUCGCCGUAGUGGAUUCAAUGACUUUCGAAGGACAUCGGGAACAACCUGGGGACAAGGUGCAAUUUCGACAGCGCGUUGGGGUGGAGUCCGACUCAAGGAUCUUCUCCAGCUGGCGGGUAUUGACGAUCCUAUCCAUGCUCAGGAAGUAUGGGGUAUGGAUCAUGUCCGUUUCACUGGAUUAGAUGGAAUGAUGGCAUCGAUUCACAUUGAAAAGGCAGCCAAUCCUUAUGGCGAUGUCAUUGUUUGCUACGAAAUGAACGGAGAACCGCUUCCACGCGACCAUGGAGGCCCUUUGCGUGUCAUUGUUCCAGGGUACUCGGCAGUUCGCAACGUCAAAUGGGUGCAACGCAUAGAAGUGGCUCCCACCGAAGCUGAAGGGCCCUGGCAACGUGGACUCAACUACAAGACCUUGCCACCAGGUGUAAUGGACGCCAAUGAUGUCAAAAUUGAGCAAAUGCCGUCCAUGACCGAAUCGAGUCUAUUCUCUGGAAUCACCAAAUUGUCCACAGACACCCUUUCAAAACCCAUCAAACCUGGGGAUACUAUUUUGGUGAAUGCCACUGGCUGGGCAUGGGCCGGUGGUGGCCGCAAUGUUGUUAGAGUGGACUUGACCAGUGACAAUGGAAAUACAUGGAACACGGCAACUCUCAAGGAAGGGUCCACACAACGUUUCGGACGUGCGUGGGCAUGGACGUUUUGGGAGUGCAAAGAUAUUCCUUGUAAGGUUGCCGAGGAUGGAACGAUUGAACUGGCAUCCAAGGCUGUUGAUAUGGCCUUCAAUAGUCAACCCGAAAGCAGCGAUCACUCAUGGAAUGUACGGGGUCUCGGCAACAAUUCAUGGUUCAAGGUCCAAGAAAAGGUCUGCUAGACCCAUACGAAGAAACAGGCCGUCGAAGAGGCCACUUUUUGUUGCUAGUAAUGCAUCUGCUUUAGCACCCUUUUGUCCAUCUCGCAACAACGGUGCCGUGAUCCUCGAUCCUUCGGGAGACUCCUGUCGACAGUGUAGAAUGGCACCAUAACACAAGGAAGUCUGGCGGCGUUCAUUUUUGGAUCACAUGCAACGUCGCAAAAGAAAGUAGUUAUACAAAGCGUUAUAGAAUCAAAAGAAAAGACCUUCGUUGAGUGCAGAAAUAUGGCUGAGA